AUCUUAUAUUCCUCAAUCCUACAAUAGUACUCUACCACCAUUCAUCGAUCUAAACUCCUCCAUUUUAAAAGUACAUGUGAAACGCGUUCACCAACUUCAUGUCAAUAAUUCUUAUAGUUUUCUGGUCCGCUUAAAAUAUAUUAUCUGGCGCCCCAGCUAGCUGCAGGCCGGCAAGAAUAUAUCCUCCUCCUCUUAGCUACCCCACGCCUAUAAAUAGACCUUCCAUUCAUUUCUCCGUGCACACAGAUUAAGCUUAAUAAUCAGAGUUCUCCCACGAAAGCCGCUUGUUAAUUGUAUAUAAUUGCUUCCGCAAAAACAUGAAGCAAAAAAUAGUUAUCAAGGUGCAAAUGAGCUGUGAUAAAUGCAGAACCAAGGCCAUGAAGAUUGCUGCAACAACAGACGGUGUGAGCUCGGUAGCAAUACAAGGGUCAGAUAAGGAUCAGUUGGUGGUGAGUGGCCAAGGUGUUGACUCGGCUAACUUGACCCGCUCGCUAAGGAAGAAGCUUUGCUAUGCCACCAUAUUGAGCGUCGAAGAAGUGAAGGAUACGAAAGAAAAAAAAUAGGAACCAAAUCCGGACGUCAACCCUUCACAGUUUCCAGCGUGUUGUCAACUAUAUCAUCAACCAUAUCCCAAGUACUAUGAAGUCGUCUACGAUCCGUAUCAAAAUAACUGCUCCAUCUUGUGAUUGUACGAUUUACGAGAUCACCCUCUCUUUCAAACCCCCCGAACAUUUGUUUGAUCUGUUGAGUUUGGUUCACCAUGUUGCUCCUAGCUAGUGUCAUCUUGGAGCGUGUUAUACAUAGACUCUUGUUCUUUUUAGAUUGGUCUUUUGGCCAAUGCCUGAAAUAACAAAAGUACUCGAACUUUAAUGCCUGAUAUACCUUGAAUGAUUGAAGGUAUAUAUAGCCGGUUUGGGACACGAAAAGUGGAGUAUUCGUGGGAUAAGCUUCGUGAAAAAUAGCCUAUCACUACAAAAGAAUAAAUUUUUAGUGGCC